AUGGAGACUCAAACCACAAAUCCAGUUACUAACUGGCCCGAGUCUUCAAACUCGUCCGACAAUGAGAAGGGUAACGAAACCGACCGCUCACAGCUUGGCGGCGCAUCACCGACCAUGACACCGCCCCCAUUUGAGUUUGAUGAUCCCAAAGGCUGGAUCGCAGUAGCAGCAGCGGCUUGCUCUCAAUUCCUCUAUCUAGGGGUUAUCUAUUCCUGGGGCAUCAUGCAAGUGAGACUUGUCGAAGUCACUGGAUCUAGUCUUACAACUCUGACAUUUGUCGGAUCGUUGGCGACCUCAUUUAUGAUUUCACUCAGCAUACUCGCUGGUAUGGCAGUCCGUAAGCUUGGAUACCAAAAGACAGCCUUUUCUGGUGCCUUCUUGAUGGGAUUGGGGGAGUUCCUUGCGAGCUGGACAACAAAGCACGUCGGAGCUCUGUUCGCCUUCCACAGUGUGAUAUUCGGUAUCGGCGGGGGUCUAUCCAUCUUUGCUUGCUCUACCGCCCCCUUGAGAUGGUUCAAGAGACACCGAGGCCUGGCCAUGGGCAUUGUGUUCGGAGGAGGAAGUCUUGGCGCCGCUGUCUUGAGCAUAGCAACCAAUCUUCUUGUCAAGCAAGUAGAUGUUGCAUGGACAUUCCGCAUUCUUGCCUUCAUGCUUUGGGGGGUUUGCAUACCAGCAUCUUAUUUCAUUCGACAACCUACUGGAUCCGCGAACGCGGGUUUAAAGUUACAAUGGUAUCGGUUCAAAGAGCCCCGGUUCCUUCUGAUCAUUGGCGGCACAGCCUUGUCAUGCUUCCCACUAUUCAUCCCACCAUACUUCAUCCCAGUCUUUUCGAGAUCAAUGGGUUACUCUAAUCAGAUUGCCAUCAUUACACUUGCAGCCUGGAACCUCGCUUCGACUGUUGGGAGAGUCUUGGGUGGCUAUACAGCCGACCAUCUUCUUGGUCCACUUAAUAGUCUCAUUGUUUGCCUGCUUUGCAUCGGCAUUAGCUCAUUGGUCGUCUGGCCUCUCGCAUCGAGUGUUGGCAUCUUCUCUGUCUUCCUUAUCUUUAACGGCAUUGGAUGCGGCGCCUUCUUUAGUCUUGUACCCCCAAUGCUAGGAGCCACGAUGGGUCCUGAGAACACACUUGGUAUCCUGCCUAUUGUUUGGACUACUUGGUUCUGUGGUUUCUUCUUCGGUACACCGAUAGCCUCCGGUAUCUAUUCACUGGCGGGGAGCAAUGGCAGUGAGAAUGUCUCAACUUUCAGGCCGGCUGCCUACUAUGCUGGCUGCAUGUCCAUGGUGGGGUUGUUGUUUAUAGUUCUUAUCCGUCUUAGUAUUUCCAAGCGACUUCUCUGGCAGAACUAG